AACACUCGUGGAUAAGUUUCGGUUUCGAGAUAAUGAGAGACGUUUCGUCGAUAUAAUAUGUAAUAAAUUUAGCGCUAUCAUGUACGAACCUGUACCUCUACAAGAUGACUUGCCCCAUGAGGAGCCGUCACCAGCUAACGCUUCCGGUUCAAAUUCGGUUGCUGCGCAAUCCGCACCCGGAGCCGGCGACUCAGAUGCAACACGAGUAACGAGCGGAUCGACCGAACGGACCUCGAUGUCCGCCUAUCACCGUCAACCGUACCUUUCGGGCCGGACUUCGUGCAACGGUAAAUGGACUUCGGUCGCGAUGGAAAUGCAAUCCUGCAUCGAUUCCGAUUGCCCUUUACGCGAGUCCGACUCGCAGCACCGUCUUAAUAUGAGUCCAACGGGCGAGCAGAAUACGCUACCGGACGAGAAGCGAAAAACCCUCGUAUGCUGUUUUGCUUGCGUUCUUGUGCUCGUGUUGAACGUGCUCUCUACGGCCAUCAUACACGAUCGUACGCCGAAUGUGGCCGAUGGUCAAACGCCUCAUCCUCCUUUACGCGAUAUCAGUUUCGAUGCGACUUCUUACAGUUGGACGGAGAGCAAUACCUCGAUUCUGUUGACCAUAUCGGAAAUACUGCUAGUCACCUCGACGGUCAUCGUGUUCGGUUUGAUUCUGCUUCACGAGCACAAAUCGAUCGUAUUUCGUCGAUUGUUUUUCAUGUUAUUUUUACUCUUUACGGCGCGUUUACUCACUAUGAACGCCACCAUGUUACCUAUUUCUAGUACGAAGCUGUAUCGUUGCGACGAGAAACGAAGUCCGUCCGAGAUGGGCGUCGUCACGCUGAGAUUCUUCGAAAUCCUCGUCAGCUGGGGUCUGUCUUCGGCCAGCGAAAUGAAAUUUUGCGGCAAUUACAUCUACAGCGGGCAUACGACGAUGGUCGUGCUUAAUUAUCUGGUCACCGACGAGUACUGUCCAUCUUUGACCGUAAAUAUCGCCGUCAAAAUCAUGACACUAGUCAGCGUGCUGCUACUGUUGGUAUCGCAGUACGACUACACCGUUUCGGUGAUUAUCGCCUAUUAUAUAACUACCCGGUUGUUCUGGCUCUAUCACACUUUGGCCAAUAAUCCGUCGCUGAAAAAGCUCAACGCGACUAAUCAGAUCUGCAAAGAAUGGUGGUAUCCUAUAUUUCAGUUUCUAGAAGGUAAUGUUCACGAAGUCGUACCGCCUAGAUUUAAAUUCCUUCGUUAAAAAUUGUGAUAUUAUUUAAUUUAUAUAGUUUUUAUUCGAUUUAUUUUCUCUCUUUUAUUUUAUUUUAUUCAUUUUUUUUUUUUUUCGUAUUAAUAGGUUUUAAUUCAUUAUUGUAGGUAGUUUGUAAGAUGAUAGCUACUUAGAUGGUUUUACGAAUACUUGAAAAAAAAAUUGCCUGUGUAUAAUACUAUAUAGGUAGAGUUGUUUCAGCGUCACUUAAUUUUGUUACCGAUAUAGGUAAUUACGAGUAAAUAAAGAAAGAAAUAAAAAUUACGUUUUCUAUAAAAAA